AUGCAAUGUCGACAGAAGAAAGCUUAUCCGUUUCAAACUAGGUCUACCCAAUCCAGUUCCUUAAACUUUUUGCAAUUCAAAAACACUUUGCAUCAUUUGGGAGCCACACAACUGGGCAAUUUACAAAUCAAACAGGUUCUGGACUCUGUGGUACAUCAUGGAUACAGGAUGGUCAGUUUUGAAGACUUUAUGGAACUCUGGCACAGGGUUUCUCACAAGGAUCCCCAACUCCCCUUUCACCAAAUCCUUCAUCAAGUGCUGGAGCAGCAAAACCUCCUGCCACUGAAAGUUGUACCUGUGCCAUUUGCUCAAGCAAAGCACUUCUUUGAAACUAAGACCAACCAACUGGUCAUUGAAGCAAGCCUGGAAAGACAGCAGAAGUUGAUGCUGAGGUUUCCGUCUGAAACUUUGCAGAGAACGACUUAUUUCGAUUCUUCUCUGUCUCUGGCUGACUUGUUCGCUGAUCGGCUGCAUGUGAGCUGUGUUCGGCAACGGAGUGAUGUUCGCCUGACUGACUCUUGGCGACACCCUGUGGCGAAAAGUAUCAAAAUUCAAGUCGCUUCGGCGUACGCGUGA